UCCCACCAAGUUCUCCUCGUUUUCCCUUUGCAGACGCUUCACACAUGCAAUAUCCUCAAACUUCGGACGAGAUGAUGCUAAAAUCCGAGCCUAACUAUCAGGUGCUGUCGCAGACACUUGACGGACCAAAUCUACGGGUCCGACGAUACCAAAAAAGAAAGUCGCAUGCCAAAACGAGAUCCGGGUGUCUGUUCUGCAAGGCCAAGAAAGUUAAGUGUGACGAGGGCCGCCCAAUUUGCGAAAGAUGUAAACGGAACGGUCGACAGUGCUCGUACAAUGUCGCCAUGUCGCGUGCAUUACCACAAGAGCCACCCUCACAUCUUGGACUAAUAUCAUCCUUGAGCGCUGUCACCAUAUCAACAGGUUCGCCACGGCAUUAUGGCAUGAAGGGUACAUCGAACUUGGAACUUAUACAGCAUCUGCUUGCUCAUUGGACCACUAUUUUUCACAUUCCUUGCGAUACGCGGUUACUAUCAAUGUCUCAAUCAAAUCCUUUGGUGGAAAGUACCAUGCUAGCGAUUGCAGCAUGCCAUCUUCGCCACGUCGCACCGAAUGUGACACAAUACCAAUUCGCCGAAUUCUUCUACCAAACUCAAGUUGUCAGCGGCAUCCGAGGACUGCUGAACCGUCCUGUGACUAGUUUUGUCCAAUCAGAUGCUGACGGGUUGUUGUUGUGUGCGACGCUGUUGAAUAUAAUCACCUUUGCGCUGCCGAGGUCUCGAGAAACAAACAAGGCAAAGUCAAGUGUAUCAUGGGUCCUGGAGUCGAACAAUGACGGCCGAGCUUGGCUGGAUCUGCAAGUGGCUUUACGGCCACUUCUUUUGCACAUGCCAGCAUUUCUCGAAGAUACUAUCAAUUUUCUUGCUCCGAUCUUCUUUGGCGGAGAAAAACAUACUUGGGAGUUCCAAAAAAUGUCUGAGGCUGCAAAUGCGAUACCACCGAACUGGGCCAAGUUCUUUGAGUUGAACUACCUGUAUAUGAAGGAUUCGAGCAAGAGCAAUGGAAGAGGGAAAGUCUUCGAGAAGCCAGUUACUAUGUUGAUACAGCUGCGAGAUCUCGACCCCGUGGCGUUCAACAUAUACAAGAGUAUUCAGUUCCUGGCAAAAAUCCAGCAAGCGUUCCGUUAUCUGCUACUAGAAAGAGAUAGCAAAGCGCUUUGGUUACUGGGAUAUUGGUUCGGGCUUUUAUGUCGCUUUGGUGAUAUAUGGUGGAGUGAGCAACGUUCAAAGAGGGAUCAUCAUGCCGUUUGUGUGUUGCUACGACAGCGUCGCCACGGAGAGGAACCGGGCGAAGAAGGCAUACUGUGGGCAGAGAUGAUGUUAGAGCUCGAGAUGGUCACGACCCAGUAG